GUCAGGUCCACUUGUCAGUGCCCGGUGCCUUUGAGAAUCAGUCCUCUACUUUUUGCAGUGCUGAUUCAGAAAACAGAAGGAAGAUCCCAUUUUUCUUCCAUGUAGAUAGAGAAAUCCACCCUCAGCUGGACUUGGAACUGCUGCAAACUACAGCUGUCAUAGAGGAGGGGUGGACUGAGGACUUAAAAAUGCACACUGCACGCUUAGGAACAGGAUCAGUUCCUGUGGGAACCCUCCCACUGGGACAAGAAGCAGAAUUUAGUGUUCUACUAGGAAAGGAACAAGGUGUGGAUCUGACUAUUAAGGUUGAAGAAUGCUUGCAGGAACUUGAUGUGCGCCUCAGUUUUGACCUUGCUAAAGGAGAACGAGAUUUUUUGGACAGGAGGAAGGAAAGAGCUUCUUUUACACUAAGGAGGCUUCUAGGUUUGCCAAAGAAACCUAGGAAAAAUGAGGUCCCGGUAGUGGCAGUAGUGGGGUCAGGAGGUGGGAUGAGAGCCAUGACUGCACUCUACGGCAAUCUGUUGGGUCUCCAGAAGCUUAACCUCUUGGAUAUCCUAAUCUAUCUGUGUGGGAUCUCAGGGUCCACUUGGUGUUUGUCUAAACUCUACGCAGAUCCUUACUGGUCCCAAAAGGACCUCCAGGAGGCAAUUGGAAUUACUCGACAACUUGUGACCAGCAGCAAAGUGGGAGCGUUUUCUGCUGAGCGCCUGGCAUAUUACUUCCAUCAGCUAUUCUUGCUGGAGAAAGAAGGGUGGAAGGUCACCCUUACAGACUUGUGGGGUCUCAUCAUUGAAUACUUCUUACACCAGAAGGAGGAUCCAUCAAAGCUAUCUGACCAGCAGGCAGCAGUCAGGUGGGGACAAAACCCCUUCCCUGUCUAUGCAGCAGUCAAUGUAAGGCCCCAUGUUGGCAGCAAUAAAUUUACAGAAUGGUGUGAAUUCACACCACAUGAGUUUGGUAUCCUCAAGUAUGGAGCCUUUAUCCAUACAGAAGACUUUGGCAGUGAAUUCUUCAUGGGGCUGCUUCUUAAGAAACGUGCAGAGCCCAGGAUUUCCUUUCUGCAGGGAAUAUGGUCCAGUGCCUUUGCUGCAAAUUUAGAUGAGAUCUGGGAAGAGGUGGUUGUUUCAAAAGUUGGGUUCUUAGAAACUCUGAGAGAUGCCAUCAAAGUUGCAGAUGAGGCUCAUGGCUACAAGCCAGUGGACACCUCAGAGUUAGAGACUCGGAUGGUCAUGCCAGGUGGAGCCUUCUCAAACUUAUUUCAAGGUUUCUUUAGCUCUCGUGUUUCCACUGGAGAAAAUGUCAAUUUUAUGCAUGGACUUCACCUUCAUAAGGACUAUCUCAAUGCCAAGCAAUUCGUGGCUUGGAAAGGCUUGGAUGCUUUCCCCAACAAGCUCACUCCCCAGGAAAACAGACUGUACCUGAUAGAUGGGUUUUUUUCUAUAAACUCUCCCUUUCCCUUGAUGCUCCAGCAGGGGAGAGAUGUUGAUGUCAUUCUGUCAUUCAACUACUCUUGGGAAGCUCCAUUUGAGGUCCUACAUCAGACCCAGAAGUAUUGUGAAGAUCGGGAAAUCCCCUUUCCACACAUCGCUGUCAGUGAGAAAGAUAGACAGAAGCCAAAGGAGUGUUAUAUGUUUAUGGACGCUGAAAAUCCAAAGGCUCCCAUAGUACUCCACUUCCCACUGGUGAAUAACACCUUCCAGCAAUACAAGGCACCAGGAGUAGAGCGUGAGACGGCGAAUGAGAAAUCCUUUGGCAACUUCCUCAUUGAAGGAGCAGACUCUCCUUACCGUUCAAUGAACUUCACCUAUAAACCUAAUGAAUUUGAUAGGCUGUUAGAAUUAAGCUGCUACAAUGUUUUAAACAACAAGGACACAAUCUUAAAAGCUCUUGCUUUGGGCAUGAAAAGAAGGGCGCUCAAGAAGGCCAGAAGACAGUAAGAUGGUAUUCUGUGUUGGAUAGUUGUUACAAAGUAUUGAAUAUAAAUGAAGGCUUUAAACAGGAACACUUACUGGGUAAGGUAUCUGCAAGUGACCAACCCACUGGACGACUUCCUUAAAGUUUAUAGCUUUUCAAAUACCUUAUACACAAGCAGAUUGUGGAAACCAGACAUUUCUGGGUGAAAUGUAUGAAUUAAGCUUUAAUAAUAAUAACAACAACAAUAAUAAUAUUUAAAAUACUUCUGUGUGCUCUUAUGUCUGCCUUAUUGAGACCUUGUGAAUUUCCUGUGUAGCAUGUGAUCAAGUGGGAUUGAAAGCAUGAUGCUUUUCCUUCAACAAAUAGGUGAUAUUGAGUAACUCAUAUCUGGAAGCCCUGCUCUUCAGGGCAAAGAGGGUUUCUUUCUGGCCAUAUUCAGUAUUGCCAGGGUGUCAUCAAGGAGUGCUGAGGGCUAAUAGCAAGGAAGUGUGUACUCGCUCAAUGGAAGGGGAUACCUUUUCUUCAGUACUUGGCAUUGUUUAGCUUUGAUAUUUUUCUUUGAAAACCAGAACAACAUUUAGAUAUGAUUGGAAGUAAAAAUGUAGUCACUUCACAUGACGACAGCAUAGUUUCCCUAUCUCCAGAAUAGAUAUUUAAAUAAUAAUAAUAAAAAGCAUGUGUAUAUAUGUGUAUCUGCAGACUGCUUCUUAAUUCAAUGACUUGAAGAUUAACCAGAAUCAAGAGGUAUCUGAGACGUGUCAUUUCUGGAUCCAAACUCUACAGUUCACUCCUAUCUAAUCUAAAUUCAUUAAAACUGGUAGGCAACAAUUGAUCUUCUGGAUCAUGGUGUGUGCUUAAGAAGUCUUGUCAGGUGCCUGAUGAAUCUGCUUGUGGCUGACAAACCCAAUGCAAGAGUGGAACAGCUUGUUACAAGUUUCACAGGUCCAUGUGUUGUUUGGGUUGGAGCCCAAAUCUACAGCAGGCUGCUUCCUUUGUUUUCACUUUGUUUCUGUCCUGUGGAUCAAAGCUGCUUCAUGUUGAGCUGCACCCAGUGCCACAUGUCCCCUCCAGAUUGGACAGGAUUCUGCACACUCCCAGAUUUCUACACUGAUAUUGAAUGGCUUCAUAUAAUUUUGACACAUCAUGGUACCAUCAUAAAGGGCGACCCCACUUCCUAAAGCUGUCUCAAAUCUCACAGUACAAAAUAUUCUUGGGGACACAGUCUUCCAUUCCUCUGACAUGGCCAAGCCAUUGCAACCUCCUUUUCCAGAUUAGUGGUUUCUAAGCGUGUUAGUCCUGCACACUCCAGCAGCUCUGUUUGGCAUUUUGGCUGCUGACAGACUGGGGGGAAAAAAAAACACCCGGCGCUUUACUUUCAGCUUGGUGCACCCCUGCGUUGAGCCCAGCACGUGCCCAGAAGAGGAGCCAUGUCACUUUGACCUGGUUCACCCAAAGUCUGUAGUGAUCAUGUUCUUCAGCGGGGUUAGAUAAGAGCCAAAAAGCCCCGCUGAAAUGCACAAUCUAUACAGAUACUGGGCGAGCUGGGUCAAAUUGACAUGGCUCCUUCUCCAGUAAAGUGUUGUUGUUUUUAUUUUCCAUGUCAGCAGUCUUUGUCUUCCUACUUUAUUUUCAGGAUUUUGUGCAGAUGUCUCAUUAUAACUAAUUGAAAAGAUCUAUUAAACUGGACAAACUGUCUUUUGAAUACAAAUUCAUACAGUCAGGCAGACCUCAUAGACCAUCAGCAUUCCAGAAAUAGACCUGUAAUUAAGGUUGAAAUAACAAUUCCAUUUUCAGGUAAUAUUUUAGAAAUUUGUAUUUUUCUUGAAAGAUUUUCUUGUGGGAUAACAUUUAGCAUGCUAAUUUUCAGUCAAUAGGUAAAAUUUUUGUUAUAGAAAUCUGAAGUAGGCCAAAGUUGCUCUUGUAUUGUCUGGGUGCAAAAGAGUUUUGAGAUUGCAAAAAAAGUGCUGAUUUUUUUUUUUUUUAAUCGGGUGCUUAUAACUCAAAAAGAAGUUUGGUUCAUGUUUUAAAAUGCAUAACUUGGUAUCUCACUCAACAUCUUCAAUGAGAAACGUAGCCUGGCAAAGUAUUACAAUCAUUAUUUGGGAAGUAAUUAUAUUAGAAUUGAUUAAAACUAUACUUGUAUACUGUGUUCUUUAUUCUUAUGAGAAUUAUUUUUAUGAAAAUGUAUGUAAGAAAUGUGGCCAACUGAUAUCCAAAUACAUACACUUGCAAGUGAUAGCAUAGCUUUAAGUCUUUAUUUUAAAGAGACUGACUGCUUUUUUUUAAUCAGUAAAUAAUGUGCGCCAAUAAAUAUAUUGUGGCUUCACUGCU